AGUCCAUUCCUUUGGUUGUCACUCAUUGCUGCACUACACAACACUAACGAGCUCGGUUUCCUCUUUUGGUUGGCGGAUUCGGUGCAAGCUCCAACUGUGUCUGGCCGACUGGAUUGGACGGACAAGAUCAGGUCCGCCAAGGAGAAGGCCGCUCCUUCCUCUGUAUUCGUCGUUGCCUGUCUCCUCGUGUUUGUUCUCUAGAGUUUGCGAGACGGGUUUGCUCGUCCCACUCGUCUUCUUACUUGAACAAGACCAAAGUGGUAGACCGCACCGUUGUCCCGUCACAUACACACAAUGGGCCGGAGAGCCUGCGUGACUCCCUGUUUGGAAACAUCCUGUACCGCGGAUACCCACACCAACAAUCCAUCCACACCGAAACUGAGCUCCGCGCCGGAUACGCCCAAUUCGCUAGUAGACCAAGACGUUUCCAUUCGCAGCGUCCUGCAGUUUGCACACCAACAUACGCAACGCGCAGAUUCACAAGGAAUGAAAUUGCAAGCACCCGCAGAAGGCAGCGGUCCACCGGAAGACUCGAUCGAAGAUUCUUCCUUGCCCCGAGGCGACGUCGAAUCUCUUCGGGAAUCGCAGACGUCUGCGCCAUCCUUGUCCAUGCAAUUCCCGGGGGCGCAGUUGUCUACUACAGACAAUGUGGGAAUACCCACCGAUGGCGGCCGCGUGAGUGACUCUGUGUCGUCCCGAUGCAUCCCAUCGAGGGCUUCCCACACUCGGUACGCCCAUACCAACGCGCCGCAGACCCCCGCCACGGUACCCGAAAUACAAGCUCAGACUCCGCAACAGUUGUAUCCCGACACUGCUGCUUUGAUCCGCACAAACAACGAAGCAGCUUUUCCGCACGACGUUUCCAAUCUCAGUAUCCGCGAUAUAUUCAACGAAAAUACGUCGAAUCAUCAAGACUACUACGGCGUUGACGACCCUACUGCUUCUUGGACAUAUUCCGACGCCUGUGCUAUCCCGUAUGGUACCGAUCGCCACCACACGGAAAAUGAUAACAGGGGGAUGGCUACUCCACCUUCAACCCUGCACACUCCGGUGGCGCCUCUAUGCUCACCGGACGAAGAUUCGUCCACUGGUCUCCCGUUACCUCCUCCCGUGAUCACGCCCAGCACCCCCACAGCGGAAUCGGUCGGUGGAAGCGUAGUCACACUCGCGUCGUCAACCUCUUCGAUGCAACCACAGUCCGCACGCAGCAAACCGGUUUUGUACAGCGCGAUUGGUAGUUUGGAAGAUCCCAACAGUACUUCCUUCGCUUCGUGGAGAGACAAGAAAUCGUGGCGAAAUCGACCCAAGAUUGACUUUCCAUCCACGCACUUUUUAAAACCGGUCAACUCGGUAAAUUGUGUCACUACGCAAUCUCAUCGGCCAGUGUCGUCAUCUGGUAUGGUGUACGGACUCAAGCAGAUUCGACACGUGUACGAGAUUCCUACCGAAGCGGAGAUUUAUGAAUUUGGUCACCAGCUUUUCAAAACGGUACAGCUGUCUUCCGAAUGUUCGAUUGUAUGUUUGAUUUACAUUGAACGUUUGAUGGAGCUUGCCAAAGUGCCGCUGUUGGCCAGUACCUGGCGACCAAUUUUCAUGUGCGGCCUGCUACUAGCGUCAAAGGUCUGGCAGGAUUUGAGUUCGUGGAACAUCGAAUUUGCCAGCGUCUAUCCUCAGUACUCCUUGAGCGCGAUCAAUCGAUUGGAGCAUACCUUUUUGCGCAUGAUCAAGUGGGAGCUUUACAUUUCCAGCUCAAGUUACGCCAAGUACUAUUUUGCGCUGCGAUCCUUAACCGAAAAGUCGGACUUUCGACAACGGUACAAUCGUAUGGUGGGUGGUGUCAAUUGCGUGCAGGCGGCAGAAGCACGCAAGAUUGAGCAACGGAGUACGCAAGUGAAAGAAGAGGCCCUGCUACAAUUAAGCCGGAGCUGGAAUGGAUGAUGACCAGAAGAAAUCGCUUAUGUACAGUAAAAACUUUAAAGUUACAAAACAACAGCAAC